AUGAGUGACAACAAUACACUGCAAAACAAUUCCAACACCCAAACAAUGAGCGACAACAAUACACUGCGGAUGGCGGAAAUGCUGGAUAAGCAAAACUCCCGGCAACAUGAUUUCAUGAAGCUUAUGAUGGAGAUGAAUAACAGUGCGAGAUUGUCCGAUCAGGCAAGAGAUGAUCGAAACGCGAUUCGAAAUGAGAAUAAUCUCAAAGAAGUCUUCAACAAGUUGAUUGAAGCACAAAAGGAGGAGAGUCCGAUCGACAUUUCCAUCAAAAUCAGAAGAUAA